GCGUACCUCUAUAACCGCCGUGUUAAGAGCGCAUAAGAGCGCGAAGCGAAUGAAAGAGAAAAACGAACAGAAAACAAAACAAACUCUCACAUUUUUAUUAUAACUGUAUGCGUGAGAUACAUACGAUCUGGUUUAAGGUAUUAUUAGACCGAGAUUAGAUCGAGCUGAACAGCGUGUCUCAUACUGAGAGAAGAAAUGGAGAGUUAUGAGCAUUUUUACAGCAGGACACUGAAGACGCUGUGUGACACUCACUGCAGUACCGCUCCUCCGCAGCAGAGGGCGCUGUGUAACAUUCACUUCCACGGCAGGAGACUGCUAGAGCCAGUGCUGAGCGAAGAUCAGCGUGUUCAGGUGUGUGAAGACAGACGGAAAGCCAUGGAGAGAGAGAGCAGGAGACACACACACACUCUUCUGCAGAGAGUGCAGGACAUACUCAACAACAUCCAUGUGAGUUCACGGACACACACAGACACACACACUCUUGAAGAAAUGUGUAUCCUCCUUUCUUUUCCUCAGAGCGCAGCGUCGUCCACCCCAGACCCGUCGACCCGCUCCGUGACCCCGGGUCAGAACCAGAGUCUGAAGAGAGAGACGCUUCGCCUGCUCAACCAGCGCAUGGCGUCCGAUGACGAGUCCACCCUGGCCUCUCUCUCUCUCAGUCUGACGGGCUCGUACGCCCAGUUACCUUGUCCUCAGCCGAGCCGUAGCCCUGACACACACCGAGCUCGGAGACCGCCAACACACCCCGCCGGAAACAUCCUCAUCUCUCGACCCGUCAGCGAGUGUGAGCUCAGAGCGAGUGCUUCUGAACAUCCGUCUGAAAGUGGGGAUAAUAAAGCGAAACCCGGUUCUGCAGCGGCGUCUGCUGCCCCCUCUGGUGCCGAACGGAACUGCAGCGGCUCCACUGACGGACAGCUGUCAAUCAUUACCUGCACUCACAGCAGCCUCAGGUCAGGUGCAGCACGAGCCGGACCGCUCAACCGCUCCUAUGAUGUGGAGAACCCCUCGCCAUCUCUGAGCAGACCUCAGAUCAGUGUGACGGAGCAGACUGCAGGUCAGCGUGACGCCAGGGUCACGGGGUCACCUGUUAGUGUGGGGGGGCGAACGAAGCGUCUCUGCCGUCUCACCGCCGUGGCUCGAGGGUUUCUCACACGCAGGCUUCUACACACGGAGAAAAUCACACACCUGCGCAAAACCGUACAGGACUCCAGAGCGUUCAUCCACCAGCUGAAGACCGUCUCCGUCUCCCAUCAGGACCUGACGCUGCAGCAGCGAGUCACAGCGCAGCUGCGGUCCGCGCUCCAGGACGUCCAUCAGAUCUUCUUCAUCUGGCCUUUGAGGGACAGACUUCAUCUAAUGCAGCAGGACAGAGAGAGACGCAGAGAGAGGACGCUCAGAGAGAUGAAGACAGACGGUGCUGGAAACACACGGACUCUGUCCUCGGCCACUCGGAAGACGCUGGACAGGAAAGGUCAAAGGAUCCUGCAGUGUCGUCUCGGGCAGAACACGAGCUGUUCCCCUCCGAGCGCGCUGAAGAAGAGAGACGGGUGUGUGGGAGCGAGACAGCACUCGCUGCAGAGGAAGCAUCUGUCUCUGGGAUAAACACACACACACACACACACACAUCACUAUAAUCGUUCACUUUACACCGCUAAACUGCUUCAAAAGUUCACUAUGCUUUCAUUUUUUUUUUAAAUGAUUCUGAAAGUUUGAUAUAAAGCAUUACUGAUUACACACUGAUUAUUAACAUGCACAUUCAGAAAUAAAAACAUGUAGAAAAA